GCUGUAUUCAGUUGAUGAGCUUCCACAUCUCUCCAGUGGUGCGGCGACGCGCUUUCUUAAGCUGUGCCACCAUGCCGUUGUGUCGGUCUAUGCACCUGAUGUCUCUCAAUACUCCCCGACGCUAUGGGCAGCCAACGGCUUUCACCCAUCCCCACCUUCUGAAGCCAAAUGAGAUAACUCCGGGAAUUAGCACGCAGGAGUAUGAGAGUCGGAGAGCUUCCCUUAUGGAUGGGCUCCCAGAUAAUAGCGUUGUCGUCUCAGUGGCCGCUGGUGUUAAAUUUGCCUCUCAAAACAUCUUCUACAAGUUCCGUCAAUCAUCGGACUUUUUAUACUUAACCGGAUUGCUGGAACCGGAGUCAGCAGUGAUACUAGAAAAACGCACCAGUGGUCGAGGCUACCACAUGAGCCUGUUUCUUCGCGAACGUGAUCCCAAAAAGGAACUCUGGGAUGGCCCCCUCACAGGUGUAGAGUCAGCUGCGUCGUUAUUUGGGGCCGAUGACUCUCGCGACAUAGAGUACUUCCCAUCACACCUCAAAUCCAUUUCCUCGUCUGCCUCCUUUAUCUACAUCGAUGUUCCCAAAAAGAUUUCCGCGCGGCGUAGAUCAUUCUUGCGCUAUCUAACGGAAUCCUCUUUUCAGCCACCCAUUGAUUUCCUACCCGCAUCUAAAGUCAAAUCCCUUUCCCAUGAACUCCACGAGCUUCGACGAAUAAAAAGCAAAGCUGAACUGGAGCUGAUGCGAAAUGCAGCAUCGAUAAGUGGUAGUGCUCACGCUAAGACAAUGCGUUUUACGGCUGCUGAUCUCUCUGAAUCGGCCCUGGCUGCCCACUUCGAAUACCUCUGUGCUUUAAAAGGGUCUGAGCGACCCGCGUAUGUACCCGUCGUAGCAUCCGGCGCAAACGCCCUUGUGAUACAUUACACAUCCAACGAUCAAAUACUAUUACCAGGGGAUCUUGUCCUAAUGGAUGCUGGGUGCGAAUUUAGUGGUUAUGCCUCUGACAUAAGGACAUUUACACCUCAACAAAAGGAGCUGUACCAAGCAGUACUAAAUACAUUGAAACAAAUCACACCCUUUGCGACAGCCACAUCAGGCCACACACUGAGCUCUUUGCACCAAGCAAGUAGGGAAGUGCUAUACACGGAGCUGAGGAACAUUGGGUUCAAAAUAUCUCUUCGAGACGUGGAUAGGUUAUAUCCACAUUUCCUGAGUCAUCCUAUCGGAAUGGACUUGCACGAGUCGAAUGUGGAUCGGCGAAGUCAACCCCUGAUGGCAGGCAUGGUAAUUACCAUCGAACCAGGGGUGUAUGUCCCACCAGAUCCAGCAUACCCGAAGCACUUUCACAACAUUGGAAUCCGACUAGAGGAUGAGGUACUUGUUCACCAGGAGCAUAGCGAGGUACUAACCGUGAAUGCGCCAAAGGAAAUAGUGGACGUGGAGGGUGCUUGUCAAGGAUUGCUUGAUUUUACUCCAUACUGGCAGAAGCAGUGACUUCAUCCGGAGUCCAGGGCCUGCCCAGAGCUGGCCGUAUUACAGUCCCUCAAGUGGUACCUUAUUCGUCUGAGUUUUGACAACGGCCCAGGAGUGCGAGUGCAUGCACCUUCUGAGCUGAAGAACAAGAGGUUCAGUCUGGGUCGUAUACACAAUGCUUGAAAUCAA